GCUCGCACUGAAUUGCUUGUGCCAAUUACGCACAAGCACGCAAACCGCCGCGCUCCGCUCCAGAAGCGCUCCGCGCCAACCGGGAAUUACAAGAAAACAUGAUCAAGAAAAUGUGUCCAAACGAGUCCGAUUUUGACAUCCCUGCCAAGAACUGCUACCGGAUGGUGAUUUUGGGCUCCACGAAGGUCGGGAAGACGGCCAUCGUGUCCCGGUUCCUGAACGGCAGGUUCGAGGAGCAGUACACGCCGACCAUCGAGGACUUUCACAGGAAACUGUACAGCAUCAAGGGAGACGUUUACCAGCUGGACAUCCUGGACACGUCGGGGAACCAUCCCUUCCCCGCCAUGAGAAGGCUCUCCAUACUCACAGGAGACGUUUUCAUCCUCGUCUUCAGCUUGGACAACCGCGACUCCUUCCAGGAGGUGCAGCGGCUCAAGCGGCAGAUCUACGAGACCAAAUCGUGCCUGAAAAACAAAAUGAAGGAGCACAUCGACGUGCCCGUGGUGAUCUGCGGGAACAAGGGCGACCGGGAGUUCCAGCGGGAGGUGCAGCAGGAGGAGAUCCAGCAGCUGGUGGCCGGGGACGACCAGUGCGCGUACUUCGAGAUCUCCGCCAAGCGCAACGAGAACGUCGACAAGAUGUUCCAGACUCUGUUCACUCUGGCCAAACUACCUCACGAAAUGAGCCCCGACCUGCACAGGAAAGUGUCCGUGCAGUACUGCGACAUGCUGCACCGAAAGUCGCUGAAAAACAGGAAGAUGAAGGACAUUGGAGAGGCGUACGGAGUGGUGACCCCGUGCGCGCGGAGACCCAGCGUGCACAGCGACCUCAUGUACAUUAAAGAGAAAGCCAUAGGAGGCGGACACGGGAAGGACAAGGAGAGGUGCGUCAUCAGCUAAGCGGAAAGUGAGGAGAAGGGUAGAGAAAGUGAAACAUUUAAACUGAAGCCGAAGCCACAGGCGGCGGCUCAUGGAGACGCGGCCGGCUGCCUGCGCUCACACUGGCGAGGAAAGUUUGGAGACGCCGGAACCCGCAGCAGCACCAGGGACGCUGACUGGACGCUUUAAACCCACUGCCAAUGAGACAUUAAGAAUGUUCGCUUGUUCUGUCAACCAGAGCCCGGUGUGUUAAGCCUGAAUCAUGGUUCCGCGUGCGCGUCGCCGCGUACCCUACGCCGUAGGCUCUGCGUUGGUGUAACGCGGUACCAUAAAUCAGCCUUUAGUGGCUUCAUACGUGUGAGACUCGCGCAGCGAUGCGUAAAAGUGUGCUUUGUUGACGUCAUGCCUUUUUACAGAGUCCAAGAGACUCGUGGCUCCCGGAGGUGCAAUGUUAAGUGAAGACUGCUGUUUACAAUUUAUCUUAUGUAUCAUAAGUACACUUGAAUGUGUUGUCGGUUUGGAAGAUUUUUAUUGUGAAUGUAUUAUUUAUUUUCAAUGUCCAAUGUUUUUGCUAUGAGGUUAAGA